AUGUCAACAAUCGGCACAACAACACUUCAAACAACUACAGCACCAAACUCGUUAGUCAUGAAUCCAACAUCUAUGUUGGUAGAGAUGAAAAACUUCAUUCCUUCUUCAUAUACUUUCGAAACAAAAAUCCAGAAGAUAAAGCAAGAACUUCUCCAAGGAGAUUUAGACUGUAGUGCGAAAGAUGAAACAAAUGAACAGUAUCUUUAUGAAAUGCAGGACAUUAUUGACCAUUUACCCAAAUUGCCUGAAAUUCAGCAGCAAAAGCUUACUAUUCCUGAAUUCGAUGAAAUAGAAGUCAAAGCAACUGACUCAGUAGAAAUAAAGAAGUUCAUACGAAAGGUAAAUUAUGAAUUCCUUGGUUUUCAUUGCAACCAUAAGGUUAUGGACAAAGAUUGCGACAUGUUAUAUAAGAACAUCUCUGACCUUUACAAAUCUGAAGAAUUUAAGACCUACGACAACUUUGUUUCAUUAGUUGCAAAAUGUGUAUGGGAAAUAAGAGAUAAAGAUAGUAGGGGUAAGGUAUGGAAUGAACAGAUAAGACCCGCUAUGUUUGAGAUGAAGAGAGCAAUUGACGCCUUGGUUGUUUUAGCAGGUAAGGUUUCAGAAUAUAACGCAAAAAUGAAUCCGCAAUGUUCUAAAUGUAAAGCAGCAAUUAGGAAAUAUAACUACUCCGUCAAAGAGAUAGAAAGAAUGCGAAACGACUAUGCAGACUUAAAGAAAGAAGCAGAAAAGCCAGCAGAAGAUAAAAUGGAUAUGUUGACAUUUCUUAAUAAAAACUAUCCAACAGCAGAAGAUUUCCUUCUAUCUGACGUCAAGAAGAAGUAUAAAGAAACUUUCGGUAUCGUUAAAACAUUCGAUGUACUAAAAGAAGAAAUAGAAGCUACGAAACUGUUUAGGAUUUCAAAUAUACAUCGUACAAUUCAUGUAAAACGCUUAUAA